AUGGGUUCCUACGUGAAGGCGACCUUCAUGGGUAAUGACUUACGCACUGCGGACCCCAUCUUCUCGGUCACUGAGGAGAAGGUCUUCAAACCCGAGCAUGGUGAUAUUGUUCCACCAAAUAAUCAACCAGUGGAUGGACAGCGGUAA